AUGGUACAUCCGAGUGAUGGGGAGGCUUGGAAACAUUUUGAUAGGAUGCAUYCCRAUUUUGCUCAAGAGAUUGGGAAUGUUCGUUUGGGAUUAUGUACAGAUGGUUUCAAUCCCAAUAACUCCAACUCAAGUCCAUACUCAUUAUGGCCUGUUUUUCUUACAAACUACAAUCUACCACCUUGGAUGUGCAUCAAAAACUGGAACGUCCACCUGGCUUUGCUGAUUCCCGGCAAGAAGAGCCCUGGGCAGAACUUGGAUGUGUUUCUUCGGCCCUUGAUCGACGAGAUGAAGAAGUUAUUCUUUGACGGUGUCGUUACAUAUGACGCUCAUCGACGAACGAAUUUCACAAUGAGGGUUGUAUUGUUGUGGACGGUUAGUGACUUCCCUACUUAUGCCAUGCUGUCUGGUUGGAGCACACAUGGCAAGUUAGCUUGCCCAUAUUGCAUGGGUAAUGCAUGUGCAUUUCAGUUGCGAAGCGGAGGGAAGUCGUGUUGGUUUGACUGUCAUCGCAAGUUUCUGCCAAUCAGACACUCGUUCAGGCGUGAUAGAAACCAAUUUCGUGUUGGACAUGUUGAAAAAGUUGGUCCACCCCCUCUUCUAACUGGGGAGCAAAUAUGGACACAAGUUUGUAGCCUUCCUACGGUCUAUGAUGGAGUCCCACACGGUUCAAGGCAAUAUAGGAAGCCUGUGGGUUUUGGGAUAACCCACAAUUGGACAAGUAUAGUGGAAACUAUCUGCAAGUUGGAAAGAGUCUUCCCACCGGGAUUCUUUGAUUCCAUGGAACACCUUGUGGUAYAUUUGGCWCGYRAGGCAAUAGUUGGAGGUCCGGUUCAAUAUCGAUGGAUGUAUCUCUAUGAGAGACGUCUAGGGUCGUUGAAAAGGACAGUGAGAAACAGAUCAAGGGUAGAAGGGUCAAUUGUAGAAGCAUAUUUGGUUAAUGAACUAUCUACCUACUGCUUGCUGUAUUUUGGAACAAUGGUAGAGACACGUAUGAACCGUGAGCCUCGAAAUUUUGCCCCCGAUUGUUCGUCUUCAGACCGACGGUUAAGUAUAUCUAAAACUCCAUGUCGAGGAUUAUUUAAUAAAGGCGGAACGCAUGUUAAUCUAUCAGAUGAAGAUAUGCACAAAGCUCAUACCUACAUUUUACUGAAUUAUGAAGAAGUUUUUCCGUUCAUAGAUAUCUUCAAUAAGGAGGUCCUAAAUAGAGAACCAUAUAUUGAUGAUGUGGGUCUCGACAAACGUAGGGGCGAUCACUUUGCUGAAUGGUUUCAUGCCCACGUUAUGUCUCGGUCAGACCCUGCUUCAGAACUUGUUAGGAUUUUGGCAUACAAACCGUUACAUACGAUUUGGACACACCCGGGGUUAUUCGUAAACGGUUACAAGUUCCACACGCUAACUCAUGGUAGAAAUCGCACCACACAUAAUAGUGGAGUAUGCGUGAGAGGGUCUUGUUACUCGGAUUCCGAGGCCGACUACUAUGGCUUGUUGGAUGAAGUCUUUGAUAUAGAAUAUCAUGGAUUGGUGGUCUGUGGUGAAACAAAGCCAAGAGGGGUCUAUGACUUAGCAUCGAGUACCCCUGAAGUCCGAUCGGAUGAUGAAAAUAUAGACGAUGAACAGUUUUUCCAGGAAAAUGAACGAAUAACCCAACAUGAGAGAAACGAAGAUGUUCAAGAACCAAUCCAGCUUGUCACAGGGGAAGACGACAUCGAAGUUGCCAACGAUCGUCGCGACAACUGGCAUGUUGAUGAGAGUAUUGACGAAGAAGAGGAGUUCCAAUACUCGGAUAGUGACUCUGAGGACGAAUGA